CUGGUUCUCAGUCGCGCUGUGGAUUGUGGGUGUCUGGGACGUUGCCUGGGCUUGUCAGGCUUUAGCAGUGCUGGACUGAACGCGACGCGACGCGACGCCUCACCGUGCUCUCUACUGUAAGCCUUCCGCCGUCAUCCACGCGUUCGCUUUCCACGCUUUUCGGCAUCAUGUCCAGUCGAGGUGGGAAGAAGAAGAUCUCCAAGACGUCCAGGUCUGCUAAGGCUGGUGUGAUCUUCCCUGUGGGACGGAUGCUGCGCUAUAUUAAAAGAGGGCUUCCCAAAUACAGGAUUGGUGUUGGAGCUCCAGUCUACAUGGCUGCAGUACUGGAGUACCUGACAGCUGAAAUCCUGGAGCUGGCAGGCAAUGCAGCCAGAGACAAUAAGAAGGGCCGCGUCACACCCAGACACAUUUUACUAGCCGUCGCCAAUGAUGAGGAGCUUCAUCAGUUGCUGAGGGGCGUCACCAUCGCUGCCGGAGGAGUUUUACCCAACAUCCACCCAGAGCUGCUGUCUAAGAAGAGAGGAUCGAAAGCAAAGCUCGAAGCCUUCAUCACUCCUCCACCAACAAAGAAGUCCAAGACCGCCAACAAAGCAGCUGUCAAGAAGCUGGGCACCAAAAAGUCCUCAAGAGUAAAGAGACGGGCUGCGAUGGCUAAAGCGGGUACAGAUGGCAGCACUACAGCGGGCAGCCCGGCUGAUGGCUUCACUGUCCUCUCCUCCAAAAGCUUGUUCCUGGGCCAGAAGCUGCAAGUUGUGCAAGCUGACAUUGCCAGCAUCGAAAGUGAAGCGGUUGUUCACCCGACCAACUCCACCUUCUACAUAGGUGGUGAAGUAGGCAGUGCUUUGGAGAAGAUCGGAGGAAAGCAGUUUGCAGAGGCAGUUCUGGAGCUACGCAAGAGCAACGGCCCUCUGGAGGUGGCAGGAGCGGCCAUGACCUCAGGAUACGGUCUUCCUGCCAAGUUCGUCAUCCACUGUAACAGUCCAGGCUGGGGCUCGGAUAAAUGUGAGGAGAUGCUGGAUAAGACGGUGAAGAACUGUCUGGCUCUCGCUGAUGAGAAGAAGCUCAAAUCUGUGGCCUUCCCUUCCAUCGGCAGCGGCAGAAACGGUUUUCCGAAGCAGACGGCCGCUCAGCUCAUUCUGAAGGCCAUCUCCAGCUACUUUGUGACAACGAUGUCAUCCUCCAUCAAGACGGUGUACUUUGUGCUGUUCGACAGCGAGAGCAUCGGGAUCUACGUGCAGGAAAUGGCCAAACUCGACGCCAACUGAAGUAGAAAAUCCUCUGUAGAUUUCAGAGGUGAAAAAAUUAUUAUUUUAUGCUUGAUGAUGACGUUUGGGGGGUAAAAUAUUUUUGGUACUUUAUUAUAACAGCAACAGUUUGGAGUCUUUGAUUUGAUUUGAUUUUUAACAGAGGGAUUGGGUUUUGUGUCGGCACUGCGACUACUGCAUAAUUUAGUCUAGUUUGUUCUGUUGUUUCAAUGUAUAAUGUGUAUCACAAUGUUAAUUUGCAUAAAGUGUAUCUACAAUAAUUGAAAACUAAAUAUAUAUAUGAAGUGCAUAACUUGUGUAAUUUGUGACUGCUGUCAGCAGAUGGAGCCCUUUGUCCAGUAUUAUAUUUAAAAUGA